GCACUGCGCAGCACAUAUACAUGAAAUUAUUUUCAGUCCAUAUCGCAAAUUAUAUGUUUAUGUACCGUGUAAAAAUACAGUGUGUUUUUAAAUAAAAGGUGUAACUAUAUUGUGUGAGUUCACAAAAAAAUAUAUAAACAAGUCGUAGCAUGACAGUGCAGAAGCCGGAGAAAUGCUGCUUUUUAAUAAAUUGGAAGGCAGUAUGUUAUAUCUUCGUUUAUAUUUUAAUGGCACUCCAGACCAUUACAAUUCAGUUGUGUGUGUCGGCUGUACAGUACUACUAUACCCGAGUGAAUGAUGUGGACAUCUCCCCUGACAGUGAUCAUUUAGGAGGGGUGAUCACAUUCGUCGUGUUCGCUGGCGGAUUUUUGAUAUGCGUCGCCAUCUCUCUUGUAGUAUUUAACAUCAUAGUCCUAUUCGGAUUGUACCUGGACAACUGGAAUUAUAUAAAAAAAUAUUUGAUAUUCGGGACAAUGAUGCUAACGUUAUUUAUAAUCGUAUCCAUUUUUAAAGAAGUUAUUGUGGAAAAGGAACGAUCAGAAUCAGUCGGGAACAGUAUUGCUUGUGUGUUCAACGCUUACUUUUUAUACGUCAUCAGAUCAUACUGGUUAUCACUUGAUCGUCCGAAGCCAGAUGUAGAAAGUGUAUAAAGUUAUGAACCGAUAUUCUCAAGAAAGGAUAAUAAAUCUGAGAGU